GAAGCGGGCUCGCAACACAUUGUGGCGAAACCGGCCGUGACGCAUGCGCACGAAUAAACUGUCCUGCGUCAUCACUGUGCGACGCGCAGAGUCAAUAUGGCGAGCAGUAAGAAAAGUGCACUUCUGUCUUCUUUAGCCGCUUAUGGAGACGAUUCAGAGCAAGAUUCAGAUCCAGAUACCGAUGAACAAGAGGCUCAUGGGGGAUUAGUGUCGGCCAGUUACGGGGACGAUGAGGCCGGUCGAGCUGGAGACGGAGACGAGAGAGACUCGGGGAACGAAGAGAGUGACGACGACGAUGGAACCUCGGUCAGUUUCUUUUCACGGCACUGGGACAUGGAUGACUCGGACUCGCCUGAACCUCACGAUGAGUCAAAGAAUAUUAUAACUGGUGAGAAGAAGGAUCCCAAUGAAUUGGUUGCCCAGUUUUCAGAGAAAGUGAGGAACAUGUCUCCUGAGGAAAUCCGUAUUCCUCCUGAACCCCCGGGCCGCUGCUCCACCCAUCUACAGGAGAAGAUUUAUAAACUGUAUGAGAGGAAGCAGCACGGAGACUUCGACACCAACAGCCACAUCCAGAAGAAGAAAGAGUUCCGUAACCCCAGUAUUUAUGAGAAACUGAUCCAGUACUGUAGUAUUGAUGAACUGGGGACGAAUUACCCAAAGGACAUGUUCGAUCCUCACGGCUGGUCUGAAGACUCCUAUUAUGAAUCAUUAGCCAAAGCUCAGAAAAUCGAGAUGGAGAAACUGGAGAAAGCCAAAAAGGAGCGGACAAAGAUCGAGUUUGUAACCGGAACAAAAAAAGGCACAAGUUCAAACGCCGCUGCUGUGACCAGCAACACCAGCAACACCAGCUCCACAGACUCUCAGAAGAGGAAGAGUAAGUGGGACUCGGCGGUUCCGGUCACUCUCUCCCAGCCGACUCUGAUCACCACCACGGCCACGCUGCCCGGAGUCGUCUCCGUCACCACCACCGCCAGCGGCACCAAGACCACCGUCAUCUCCGCCGUGGGCACCAUCCUGAAAAAAGCCAAGCAGUGACCUCACACACCUGAGCCAGCUGACGCCCACUGACAGGAAGUGAUGUCACGCUCCCAAAUACCUGGACUGCUUACCAUUGGCUGAGAAAAUUGCAGAAGUGGACCGAGCCUCAGCAUGUGACUCCUCAGUACCGGACUAAAUUAUCCAAAUGAAUGAGCUCUCACCGCUCGCUAAUCCUGUUAGCAUCACCCUGAGGUUUUAUUCUUUAUUUACCUCUCGUUCUCAUCUCCACGUUUUCCUCUGAUCUGUAAAUCGUUCACAGCUCAGGAGUUUUAGUGGAAAUACGUUUGGGAUCUUAUUUUUCAUUUUUAUCUGUUUUUAAUUUUGCAUGAUAAACAUUUUCACAGCUGGUCUUGUAGCCAUCUUCAUCUUCACCUGAGUUUCCUUCUCUCUGACGCACACCGAGCUGGAUGUGUGUUCAUUUUUUAUUUUCCGGACGAUGGUGUGUUCAUGAGACGAAGCGACUCGUUGAUUUAUUCCAGAUGAUGAUCAAAAUAAACAUUUUGUAUUGUUGUGUA